AUGUCUGGACGAAGCUGGUUCAGCUGGAAUCGGACUCAAAACGUGCACAGUCUGGAAAGACUCCGACAAUUGUAUAGUCUCCUGACGAAAAAUAAAACUGUGACGCCGAAUAAUAAGUCUUUAGUCGUUGAGACUCUCCGAUCGAUUUCUGAAAUUCUCAUUUGGGGCGAUCAAAAUGACUCGUCCGUCUUUGAGUUCUUCCUCGAAAAGAACAUGUUCCAAUUUUUCAUCAACUUGUUGAACUCGGACCCAGGAAGCCAUGUCUGCAUUCAGCUGCUGCAAACGCUGAAUAUCCUUUUUGAAAACCUCCGCCACGAGACCUCGUUAUUUUACCUUCUUUCCAAUAAUCAUGUAAAUACAAUUCUUGUGUCCAGAUUCGACUUCGAAGAUGAAGAACUUCUCGCCUACUACAUUUCCUUCCUCAAGACGUUAUCGCUUAGACUUGACAGUAACACCGUUCACUUUUUCUUCAACGAACAUCGCGCUGAUUUCCCACUUUUUACUGAAGCGCUGAAUUUUCAUGCUCACUCUGAAUCAAUGGUUCGCGCAGCAGUCCGAACCCUCACGCUUUCUGUCUACCGAGUUCGCGAACCAGCAUUGGAAAGUUUUCUGCUCGAGCGAACUGCAAAGCCGUACUUUUCACAGCUCGUCUACGAUUGCCAGCAAAUCGCCAUUGCUAUAGAUACUCAACACGAAACUGGCAAGGUCGAGCCUCAACUGCUCAAUGAUCACAUGGACUUUCUCCAUUACUUUGCGGACAUAAUUUCGAACGCUUCUCCGGCGCUUGGAAAUUUGCUGAUAGAGCUUUUGCUUCAAAAACUUUUGAGCGUUUACGCGGCGCCUAUAUUCAAAGAUAUUGGGGUGGAUCCUUCAUUUGCUGAAAGAAGGAGUCAGUUUGCGCCAGCCGUAAGCUUGACCCUCAUGGCAGAAGUCUUUAGUCUGUUGAAGAUAGAAGGGCUAGAACGGCUUUCGAAAGAAAUGGGCGACUGGGCAUGCUCUCAAAUUAUCGCAUCGUCAGGAUUCAUGUCAAAGCCAGCUAAUUUACAACAGCAGCUCGAUGCCCAGCGAGAAAUCGCAAUCCGUGAACUCAAUCAAAACAACUUGAAAUCAUCGCCAUCGACUGAAAGCACCUCUGAGCCUGAAGCACCGCCGGAAAAUAGAGUUGGAUCGCCGAUUUACGAGUUCGAGAAUUUUCCACUUUUAGAUUCUUGCUUGAAAGCUUUAGAAACCGAGCGUAAUUAUCUGAAUGUUUUGCCUACACUUCUUUUUGUCAAUUCUAUGGUCUCGAACUUGAACGAUACCUCCCAACUUAUGAUGAACCAUGAAAACCCAGCCGAUGCCGAAAAACAUUCAUACGGCGACUGCCUCUUCGAAAAGCUCAUUCGUCUUCUCGAAAAAGCCGUUUCGAAACCCACUUCAAUCAGACUGAUUACAGUCUCUCUCGCGUGCAAUAUCAUCGAAUGGCUCAACCAAAAUGGGGUAGAAGUUCUCGAUGAAGUAACAAAGGUCGCCCAGGAUUUAAAGACUAAUUUGUCGAUUCCAUUGCGACAGGAAGAGUUAUUCUUGAAUGUCAUCUCUGAAAUCUCUCAAACGCCAAUGUCUGGCCAAGUGCUCAUAAAAAGACUGCCGUGUGGAGCUGACGAGCAAUUGCAGUAUGAAAUUCUCCUAUUCUUCCUUCUCCGGCAACUUUCGUUCAACCUCAAGAACGAAAAGGAUGUGGAACUACCUCUCGCUUGUCCAAAUCAACUUCAGAAAGUCGGAGCAAAAUUGGACUUGAAUAACGCUGAACUCAUUGGGUGCACUGUUACAACAAAUGAGUCUACUCAAAGACGAUUCAUGGUCGUCGAUACCUAUCAAAUAAUUUUGGUCGAACCGGAUUCAAAACUUGGUUGGGGAAAAGUCACAUUCGCAGGGCAACUUCAGGACUUGGAAAUUGAGCAGCUCUCUCAAGAUGAAAGAACACUUGUUAUCACCGUUCGCCAGUCAAGAAAGAAGUCGUCCAAACAGCGAGACAGCGGCUCACAAAAGGCCGUUUACGCGCUCGUCAUCUCAAGCUUCAAAAAUCUCCGCUGUACUCGACCUUCCAGCCAAUUUCCUUCAAGUAUGAGAUACUAA